AUGUCCAGAAAGAGAAUGGCCUCAGAAAACAACUCUUCAGUGAAGGAGUUUAUCCUCCUGGGUUUGACACAGCAGCCAGAACUCCAGCUGCCUCUCUUCUUCCUUUUCUUGGGAAUAUAUGUGGUGUCAAUUGUGGGGAACCUGGGCUUGAUUGUUUUGUAUGUUUUGAACCCUCACCUGCACACCCCCAUGUACUACUUUCUCUUCAACCUAUCUUUCACAGAUCUCUGCUACUCCUCUGUCAUAAUCCCCAAGAUGCUGGUGAGUUUUGUAAAGCAGAACAUAAUCUCUCAUGCAGAGUGCAUGACUCAGCUCUUUUUCUUUGCCUUCUUUGUUAUAGAUGAAUGCUAUAUUUUGACAGCCAUGGCCUAUGACAGAUAUGCUGCCAUCUGUAAGCCUUUGCUCUAUCAGGUCACCAUGUCCAAUCAGGUCUGUCACUUGAUGAUGGUGGGUGUGAAUGUGAUGGGGUUUGUGGGUGCAAUGGCCCACAUAGUUUGCAUGCUAAAUCUGACUUUUUGUGGUGACAUCAUCAACCACUACAUGUGUGACUUACCUCCUCUCCUGAAGCUCUCCUGCACAAGUACCUACAUCAAUGAGCUGGUGAUUUACAUUGUUGUGGGUGUCAAUGUAACAGUGCCCAGCCUGACUAUCUUUAUUUCUUACACCUUGAUUGUUUCCAACAUCCUUGGCAUCCGUUCUGCAGAGGGUAGGUCAAAAGCCUUCAGUACCUGUGGCUCCCAUGUAAUAGCUGUUUCUUUUUUCUUUGGAGCUCUAGCUUUCAUGUAUCUUAAGCCUUCUAGUGUGUCUGGGGAUGAAGAUAAAGUAUCUACCAUUUUUUAUACCAUUGUGGGUCCAAUGCUGAAUCCUUUUAUCUACAGUAUAAGAAAUAAAGAUGUCCACAUUGCACUGAAAAAAACUUUAAAGAAAAGUAUGUUUGCCUAA